GAUAAAUGUUAUGAUAUAAUACAAUAAUUAUGUUACGAUAGAUGUUAUGAUAAUACAAUAAUAAUAAAUUAUUAUUAUAGAAGACUAUGUAGUAUGCACUUAUUGCACCGUCAAGAAGGGAGAAAACCAAGUCACUUAAACCGUUUCCUUGGACUGUUACCCCACUGGGUGACACCAGCAGUACAAAGAUACGGUGUAUAAUUUGAGUUUUCUCUUCGAUUUUAAUACUACUUAGUAUGGUUGUCAUAUCGUCGCAAAAACAUUGGGUUUCUGUUAAAGCGUUUUUUUAUGACUUUUGCGAUACAUGUUAAUAUUUUUUUCAAAAGCGAUGUGAUCUACUACCAGGAAUCCAGUGCUUGAUUUUCUGCCAUGAUUUUGACUUGUCCAUUUCUGCCGGUGUCAAAAAGUAACAAGUGUCCUUACACCGAACAUGUAGCAGUGUAGUGCCGGUUUUGACGUAUCUCCUGAUUAUUUAUUUUCAGUCUUCUGCCCGUAGCAUUUUGCCAGUAUUUGUUUUGCCAUGCCGAAAUCUAAAGAGCCUAUGGCUCUGUCUACACCAGCUCUUCCUGACCGUAAGGACAUAAUUAACCCACUCGCAGAUGCCAAGUCGAACAUGACUGCCAAGGGUGACCUGCUGACGGUACUAUCGAAAUCAGCACAACAGCAGCAAAACAACGAUGCAUGGCUGCGCACAAAAUGUCCUACGGUGGAAGAUGUGCAUACCAUAAUGCUGGAUGAACUUUACCGGGAAAUUUAUGCGAAACAUCUUGUACGGUUGUCCGCAGAUGAAAUGGAUGAAGGACCGCUCGAUAUGGUUAAUGGAGCUAAACUGAAAGAACUGACACAUAAACAAGUAUCAAUGCUUACAGCAACUGGAUUUGGUUACAAAGAUGGACUUCCACAUUAAAAAAGAGAAAAAUCAGCAAAUUGUGGCAUCUCAGGAAAAGGAAAUGUUUUUUCAAGAAGUCGAACAACUAAGCAGGAGAAUCAAAAAUAACGCGUCCGCUCUUUUGGUCCUUGGACAGGAUUUGUCACAUGCUAAUGAUGAAUUCCGCAGUCGCACGUCAGUAAACAAGCAAAAAUUGAAGAACCUGAUGAGUGAGCAAUACAAUCAAUCGUUUUUCGGGAAAAUCGAGGAGUUGGGCAAAUUUCCGGGAAAGUUUGAAAACAACUGGCAGCAAGAGCAAACGGCUUACGAAAGCCUAAUGCAUUCAGUGCAGAAUGAAAUCAACAAGCGUCAGACAUUAGACAACUUCAAUCGUGAGCUUAGGUUGGGGCAGUUAUCCAAAAUGCAGACGAAAAGAGAAGAAUUUGUAGCCACUCAAGAAACUCUAAUCGACACAUUUGAGCAUUACACCGAACUCUUAAGGAAGAGCACCGAGAAUGGUCUCAAGGACUAUAUUCGGAAAACAGAUGACGACAAGGCCUUUUGUAUCACGUAUAUGCUCGAAAUCCAAGCCAAAAACCUGAACAAUUUGCGAAACUAUUUUCAGGAUAUCGUUGCCAGCAAUGCCGAUAUUAUAAACGAACUGAAAAAGCAAGUGGAUUCCCGGCAUGUUGCGUUGGAACGUGUGGAGCGAGCGACAUACUCGGCUUUAGAAGAAUUAAGUCGCUAUCGCGAACCCAUGCAGCAAAUCGAAGCCGAAAUUGUGCAAUGUGAGAAAAUUCUGUCCACGUCCAAAGCCGUUAGAGAAGGUUUGUCCAAACUGCAUCUUCAGAAGCGUCUACUGGCAGACGAGGUGAAACGCUUAGGCUGGAUAAAAGAAAUUGAGCAAACUAAAAUCGAAAAGUGUAACGAAGAGUUAGCGCAAAUUCAGCAGUCGUAUUAUGAGACCAAAUUUUCCAUAACGCAAAAAGCGGCCCAGUCCUCCCUAAUUCACAGCAAAGCCUCGGCAUUAAUAUCUGACGAGGCCAGCAUGUACGAAAUAACCUACGCCAUUCUCAAAGACCUUUGCGGAUUCAGUCCAUCUGCAGUUGCGGAUUCGAGAAGUAUUGUGGAAGCAGUUCUGGCACGGGAUACUGAGCGAGUAAAUGGAUUGCUAAUGGAAGCAUCUGCAUUAAAAAAGAAGUAUAACGAGUUAUGGGAUUCUGUAAGCCAUGCUUUCCAACAAAAGACGAAAAUGACUUUGGACGCUGUUGGUUUCCGAAUACCUGAUUUGAAUUUGCUAUCCCCCAUAAUAUGAUCCAGACAGGUUUCGAGGAAGAUAACUACGUCCAACAAUUCAGAUAUGUCAGCGGAGAAGAUGUGGAAAAUGCAGCAGGGCGUUUCUCCAGUUUCGGAAUCCGAAAAAGAAACCGCACUCCUUUUAAAAUGUUUCAGAAGCCGGAAAGUGUAAUGCGCGUAUCUUAUAACUGAUGCUGCAGCUUUUUGCAGUACUCUCUUUGUUUUAACUUUCGGUUUUAUCAGUUUCCAUUGAUUUCCUCCAGAUUCCGAUUUCGUGAAAUCCUUACACAUACCAUCUGAUAAGAUUUUCACACUCGUAUUUCACUCUUAAGUCUUAAGUAAAAUACUUCAGGAAAAAGCUUAACCAGUAGUUAAACCAGCUUAAUUAACUUUUUUUCGAUUUGUGAAUUUGCGAGACCGCUUCAACUUCAAGCUUCUGCUUGCA